AGCCAGCGAACGAGCACGAGCAGAGGAAGGUGGGUGCGCGAGUGGGCCCGGGAGGGAGACACCUCCGGAAAGGGGAGCCACGCUGCUGUGCUGGCAAGACCGCAGUGCCACCUCUCUGGAGAAAGUCCUCACGCCCGCGCUCGCACGCACGUGCACAAGGCCAGCAGGGAGAGCACCAGCCAGAGCUAUUCAGUGCAGGGCGCCUUAAAGCCAUGGCAUCUGCCCUCAACAGCAAAAUCCAGCCUCCAGGAACCUGCGCCAGCUCUAAAGCCGACGCCCGCGCUGGCUCGGGCUGGAGAAUGGACUGUGAUCCCGAGAUGCACGUGAAAAUGUGCAAGAAAAUCGCUCAGCUCACCAAGGUGAUUUAUGCCCUGAAUACUCGCCAGGAUGAGGCAGAGGCCAGUGCAGAGUCACUAAGGGAAGCCCACCAGGAGGAGCUCCAGGACGCAGUGGCUGAAACCAGGGCCAGGCUCCUGCAGGAACAAGAACGCACCAAUGAAGAUGCAGAGGCACUUCUAAAGCGCAUCCAGAGCCUGGAGAGUGCCUUGGAGCUGCAGAAGAGGCUGACCCAAGAGGCCUUGGCUGAGUCAGCCUCCUGUAAGUUGGAAACCAAAGAGAGAGAACUUCGCGUGGAAGCUGAGCACGCUGAGCAAGUCCUGAUACUUUCCAAGGAGAUGCUGGAGCUCAAGGCUGAUUAUGAGAAGAGACUCCAGCUGCUGACCAGCCACGAGGGCCCCCAGUGGUGCCAGCUAUCCCAAGAGAGCCCGGAUGCCACGUCAGAGUCCGGCCAGAGACCAGAGAUGCACCAGGUCCUGCUAGAAGUAGAGCGAUUACGAGCUGAGAACCAGCAGCUGAGCCAGGAUUAUGCCCGCAAAGCAGAGGAGCUACAGGCCACCUAUGAGCGGGAAAAUGAGGCCAUCCGGCAGGCCAUGCAGCAGUCCGUCAGUGAGGCCCUAUGGCAGUGGCAGGAGAAAGAGUCAGGCCUUCGAAAGAACUUCCAGGUCCAGGAGUCGGCCCUGCAGGCCCAGGUCAGGAAGCUGGAAGGAGACCUGGAGCACAGAGGGCGCAAGAUUAGUGACCUGAAGAAGUAUGCCCAGAAGCUGAAAGAAAGGAUCCAGGACCUCGACGUGCAGCUGAGGGAGGCUCGGCAGGAGAAUUCAGAGCUGAAGAGCACCGCAAGAAAACUGGGCGAGAAGUUGGCUAUUGCCAAAGACAGGUUGAUGCUCCAGGAGUGUCACGUGACACAGAAAGCUGAUGACGUGAAGACUGAGAAGGAAGUCCUGAAGAAAACCAAUGACCUGGAAGCCUGCAGUCUUCACCCUCAGCAGGACCAAGGCUUGCCCAAGCUGUGUCACUGCAGUGAAGGAGGCUCAGAAACACAGACCAAGAAAGAAGCAAGCGGUGAAAUCGAACGCGUGAAGCAGAAAUAUGAAGAAGACCUGCGUAAAGUCAGACAUCAGACUGAAGAGGAGAAGCAGCAGCUCCAACAGCAGCUGGGGAAGCGCCUGGAGGACUUGGUGAAGAAGCACACUGUGGAAAUGAAGUCGGUGCGCUCCUCCGUGGAGGUGGAGAGACAGAAGCUGAAGGAAGUAGAAGCUCAAUUGGAAGAGGUAAAGACAAAAUCAGAAAGGGAAAUAAAGCAACUGGAAGAUGAGAAAGCUGCCCUCAGUGAGAAGCUUCAGAAUUCUCUACUCGAGGAUCCAUGCUCAAAGCUGAAGGAACCUUCCCAGACACUGCCUGGAGAAAAGGGCCCAGAGACCCUGACAGCUGAAGAAGAAACCAGCAGCGAUGAUGAAGAAAGGAUUGGAGAACCCCUCCAGGAAGGAAGUGACCUUCAACCUCCACUGGGCUCUGUGCUGAAGGAGAAGGCAAUGGAGACCGGACAUCGACCAGAGGACUGGCAGAACCAAAAGGCCAAACUACAAACCCAGGCCAGAGAGGAGCUCCUGAAGAAGGAGUCCAGUCACAGCCUCCAGAUCCAACACCAGGCCCACCCGCUGGAGCUCCAGGCCCUAGAGGAGAAGGCCAGACAAGAUCCUCUGCUACUUGAGUCCCUGAGGCAGGAGCUGACAGAGCAGCGAGUUGCCUGUUCUGAGCAUCAGAAGGGACUGGAGCAAAGGGCCCUGGGACCCUUGGGGAAGUGGCAGGCCGUCAAUCAGUGUUCAGAGGAUGGCACAGACCACACCUUUAUUACAGAGGAUGUGGGCGUUGUGGAGCCUCCCGGUUCCAUGCCCUGCGCGGCCCAGAAGGGGCUCCUGGAGGAGAAUGCUCAGCUCCAAGGCACUGUAUUGCGCCUGCGUGCAGAGGUGGAGCAGCACCUGCAGGAGGCGCUGCAGCUGCGUGAGCAGCGCCGGUUGCUGGAGGAGGACCAGAAGGCCCAGAGAGCCAUGGAAGUGGAGGCACUCCGCCAGGAGCACCGGAAGGAGAUGCAGGCCAUGGUGGCGGAUUUCAGUGGUGCCCAGGCCCGACUCCAGGCCAGGCUGGCUGCCCUGGAAGCUGAGCUGAAAGAUUCUGGAGAGAAGCCAGGGAAAGGGACUUCGCGGCCUGAGGACCUGCAGCUCAUAGGCCGCCUGCAGACGCGCCUGAAGGAGAGAGAGGACAUCAUCAGGCAACUUACGGAAGAGAGAAGGUUUCACUAUGCGGCCUUCCCCAGUGCGAUGUCCCACAGGAAUCGGUCCUUCUCUUUCAAUCCUCACCCGGGGUACUUGACCCCUUCCAUGAAGAAAAAGAAGAUGGAGGAAGUGCCCAGCCGAGUGGUCAGCGUGCCAAACCUUGCCUCCUAUGCAAAGAACUUCCUGAGCGGAGAUUUGAGCUCCAGGAUCAAUGCUCCUCCCAUAACUAAGUCACCCAGCCUGGACCCAAGCCCUAGCUGUGGCCAGCCUUACAAACCCACCCAGUUACUCGACGGGAAAACUACCACAAGGGCACAAGAUGGAGAACCAGGCCAAGCCAAAGAGGCCCCACAGAAGCAAGGCUCUCCGCAUCAGGAGUGGUUUACCAAGUACUUUUCAUUCUGAACUGGUCUUUGGGAUCUGUUCCAAUAAGUACAUUAGAAAAUCAUUUCAACCAUCUGAAGGAAUGAAUUAAAAAUCACCCAACCAGGUAACUAGCUGGUAGUGACUUACAUGUGAUAGAUUGCUAAAACGAAGUGUGGCACUAACAUUCCAGUUUCCUUGUGACACCUGCUUACUUUACAAUUCUUACAGUUAAAGCUGAAACAAGCCAGUUAUUAAAAAGCACCCCUUGGGCAGGGCAGUGGUGGCACACACCUUUAAUCCCAGCACUCGGGAGGCAGA